GCUCCUUCGUGUCUUAGCCAUCAUACCAAGAAGAUGUAAAGACAAACAAAUGUUUUCCCGCGGUUUCGGUGUGUGAAGUCACAACACCUUAGCCGUGUUCGUUUCUCUUUAAUUUUUUUAAAAAUCUUGUUCAAUCUUCAGUUUAUUUGCUUUUUGGGUUGAAUCUAUUCAACAAGCGACAUGCCGACUCCUACAAAGGCCAAGACGCCCGAGAAGGACGCGCCUCUCACACCGUCUACGAGGAGUGCUGCUUCUGCCAAAAAGAAGACGCCCCUCAAGUCUUCUAAUGGAACCAACGUCACUGGCACUCCUACCAGAUCUACGAGAAACACUCCAGCGAAAGCUGCUGCUGCUCAAGAUGAAGCUGUACGUACUCCAGGAAAAAAUCGUACUCCUGCAAAAACAGGCACUCCUUCAAGAAGACGAGUUGCAGCCAAUGAUGAUGAUGUUACAUUUGCUACUCCAGCCAAAGCAACUCCAGCUAAGUCCUCUCAACAGUCAGAGCGCUCAGACUUGACUGAGUCUACUCCACUCCGCUGGGGUCAGCAAGGACGUCGUGCUGAAAAUGCAGACAUUAUUGUGGAGGCAUCUGACCCUUUGACUCCAUCAGACAAUCUUAUGGGUCCGCCUGCAACUAGUCCGUUUGCUGGUGCUGCCAGUGAAAUGGAGAUGAUGAGUUCACCAUUGAACUAUGGAACACCAAGUUCCCUGGCUUCUGUCAGGACUCCUCGUUCCGGUAUAAGAGGUACACCUCUUCGCUCUCGUCCGGACAUCCGGCCUGAUCGCCAUCUCCGUCAAGUCAACCUGCAGUCUGAUCCUAUUGAGCCCCCUUCUGAUGGAGGUGCUGUUGAUGCGUCUGAAGGGGAACAAGCAGCCCCCCAACUUGUCAUCUGGGGAACAGAUGUUGUGGUCAAUCGUUGCAAGGACAAGUUCAAGAGAUUCAUUCUGACAUUUGUGGAUCCCAACGCAGAGGAAGAUGAAGUCACUAAUGAUAUGGAUAUGAAUGCUCCUCUCUACCUCCAGAAACUUGAUGAGAUUCAUGCUGCAGAAGAGCAAUGCUUGAAUGUCAACUGUUCUCAUUUGGAAACCUUUGACAAGGAGCUCUACACCCAGCUGAUUCGCUAUCCUCAAGAAGUUAUUCCCACUUUUGACAUGGCACUGAAUGAAAUGUUCUUUGAGCGUUUCCCUGCAGCAGUUAUUGACAGUCAAAUUCAAGUGAGACCAUUCAAUGCUGCCAAAACUAAAAAUAUGAGAAUGUUAAAUCCAGAAGAUAUUGAUCAACUCAUCACUAUUAGUGGAAUGGUCAUUCGUACUUCAAGCAUUGUUCCUGAAAUGCGUGAAGCCUUCUUCAAAUGUAUUGUUUGUGCCUUCUCCACUGCUGUGGAAAUUGAUCGAGGUCGCAUUGCAGAGCCUACGCUUUGCACAAACUGUAAUACCAACCACUGCUUCCAAAUUAUUCACAAUCGGUCUCAGUUCACUGAUAAGCAAAUGAUCAAGCUACAAGAAUCACCAGAUGAUAUGCCACCUGGCCAGACUCCGCAUACAGUGGUUUUGUAUGCCCACAAUGAUUUAGUGGAUAAAGUAAAUCCUGGUGAUCGUGUCACUGUUACUGGUGUUUACCGAGCUGUCUCCAUGCAAGUAAACCCUCGCAUGCGCAAUGUUCGGUCCGUCUACAAGACUCAUAUUGACGUUGUGCACUUCCGUAAGGUAGAUUCGAAGCGGCUUUAUGAAGAUGAAGAAGGAAAGGACCACAGAUUCCCACCUGAGCGAGUGGAGCUUCUGCAACGUCUUGCUCAAAGAGAGGACAUUUAUGAGCGACUUGCACGGGCUAUUGCCCCAUCCAUUUAUGAGAAUGAAGACAUCAAGAAAGGAAUUCUUCUCCAGCUAUUUGGUGGCACCAAAAAAUCUCACCCCAUUUCUGGUCGCACAAACUUCAGAUCAGAACUGAACAUCCUCCUUUGUGGUGACCCAGGUACUAGUAAGUCACAGCUUCUGCAGUAUGCAUACAACUUAGUUCCCCGAAGCCAGUACACUUCUGGAAAAGGAUCCUCAGCUGUUGGUCUGACUGCCUAUGUCACGAAAGAUCCUGAAACAAGGCAGCUUGUUCUCCAAACUGGAGCCUUAGUACUGGCAGACAAUGGUAUUUGCUGCAUUGAUGAGUUUGACAAAAUGAAUGAUUCUACUCGCAGUGUGUUGCAUGAGGUAAUGGAGCAACAGACUUUAAGUAUAGCCAAGGCUGGUAUUAUUUGUCAACUGAAUGCCAGAACAUCUAUCCUUGCUGCAGCUAACCCAGUGGAGUCUCAGUGGAACAAGAAUAAAACUAUCAUUGAGAACAUUAUGUUACCUCAUACACUAAUGUCCAGAUUUGAUCUUAUUUUCCUUAUGCUGGACCCUCAAAAUGAACUAUUUGAUCGCCGUUUAGCCCGCCAUUUGGUUUCUUUGUACUACAAAACUAGGGAUGAAGAGGAAGAUGAAUUGAUGGACAUGAGCAUUAUGCGAGAUUACCUGGCUUAUGCCAAGGAGCACAUCAAGCCAAAGCUAACUGAUGAGUCCUCUCAAAAACUAGUUCAGUCAUAUGUAGACAUGCGCCGUAUUGGGUCCGGCCGAGGACAAGUCUCAGCCUAUCCCAGACAGCUGGAAUCACUGAUUCGGUUGGCUGAAGCUCAUGCCAAACUUCGCUUUUCUGAAACUGUUGAUGUUGAAGAUGUUGAAGAAGCAUACAGGCUUCACCGGGAGGCAUUGAAACAGUCUGCAACAGAUCCUAUAUCUGGUAAAAUUGACAUUGGUAUUCUCACAACUGGUAUGAGCAGUGCUGCCAGGAAGAGGCGUGUGGCAGUCAAGGAAGCUUUGAACAAGAUUAUUUUGAGGAACCGAGGCAAGGUUCAGACACUGGGCUAUCAAAGGCUUCAUCAAGAUCUCAAAGAGAGCUGCACUGAAUUCCAAGUUAAUCGAGAAAUGUUUGAAGAUGCCCUUAAAGACAUUCAAGAUGAAGGGCUUAUUGUUGUGGUUGGCAAAGCUAAUUCUGUUCGAAUCUGCUGAUUGUAAUGAAUCAACUCAUAUCAGCUUGUUUGUCUUGUAUUUAUGAAAUUUCCUGUUCACAUCAUGUGCCUUAUUCAAUCUCGUUCUCAUUGACCCAUUUGUUUACACUUUCUAUCAUCUCAUCACAAGUGCCUUGUUAAUUUUAAGCUUCAUCUAUAUUCUUUACUUUAUUACUUUAGUCUUCAUAUAAUGCAGGCUGAAGUAGAAUUUUAACAAACUACUUUCCAUGUGUAUCUGUUGGGCCUGGCAUGUGCUGAUAAUAAAAUAAAACUAAACAAAAGUA